UUGCAUUAGGUAUCGAGCGAUUGUAAAGUACAAGACUGCUUUCUACUCGUUCUACCUUCCGGUAGCACUGGCCAUGUACAUGCACGGAAUCACAGGCGAGAAAGCUCACGAGUCGGCCAAGAAGAUUCUCCUGCAGAUGGGAGAGUACUUCCAGAUACAGGACGACUACAUAGACUGCUACGGCGACCCAGUAGUGACUGGAAAGAUCGGAACUGACAUAGAGGAGAACAAGUGUUCUUGGCUGGUCAUACAGGCCCUCCAGUUAGCCACCCCUCAACAGAGGAGCAUUCUAGAGGAGAACUACGCACGUCGCGACCCUGCCUGUGUCCAGAAGGUCAAAGCCCUCUACAAAGAGCUCAAUUUGGAGCAGGUGUACAAGGAUUACGAGGAACAGAGCUACAAAGACCUGAUGGUUUCUAUAGAGACCGAGGCUGGCAGUCUACCACAGGGGAUGUUUGUGGAGUUUGCCAACAGAAUCUACAAGAGAAAAAACUGAGAUAUUUGUUUACCUUUUACGUCAAUAAUCGUCACUAUUUUCGCACGUGACCACUGUAACACAAAAAAACCGCGCCUUCUUCCAUUUGCGCAUUUCCGACGACGACUGGAGAGGCGAACGAGUUUGUAGACCGGAGUGAGGCGAGCCACGCUGCGGACACGGCAUCUGUGGGACAGAGAAUCUUCCAGUCACCUUGCUGUCCCUGUGGAGUACACACGUAAUAGCCUUCGAAUACAAACAGCAAGUAUAUUAUCCAGUGUAAACAGAGGACGAGGAGAAGAAGAGAAAGAGACUGUGAGAAGAUCCGAGAUAAGAAAAGAGCCACACCAGAAGGUCUUAGAGAGAACGACAGAGAAGGAGAAGAAAGGAAAGAGACAGUGAGACAAAAAGAAGAGCACACAGAGAGAGAGAGAGAGAGAGAGAGAGGGGCGUCAUGAGUCGAGCAGGGAACCUGGCCAUGUGGCAGAACGGACUGAACUGGAUGGAGGACGACGAGGACCAGGACAGCGACACGGACUCCAAGCUGUCUGGCUCUGCCAUUGUCGACUCUGUCAUGAAGCGGCUGCGUUCCCAUGGACACAGGAAGGACCAUUUCGAGUUCUCGGACUCUCUCAAUCACCAGAUACAAGAACAGGACGAGGAGGAAGAGGAGAGAGAGCCAUCUCAGUUCAGUGGGGGAGGUGUACCAUCAGUCUCCUCCCACACCCACUCCUCUUCUCUCACCUCAAAUGGCUACAGAGGCCCUCACCAGCACUCUGGACAUGCUGCGGCCAUAGGCACCUCACCUUCCAGACAGUACUACCCCCCUGGAGGAGGGGGGCCCUCCGCGGGGGCCAGAAAAGACAUUCUCGGGACGGUCCCCGAGAUGUCCCACAGCGGGGCUCGAGUGGUGGACGUGACCUUUGGACCCCCGAUGAGUCCCAGCAGCGUACUGAGCAGCACUGUGACCAGUCAGGGCCCCGCCCCCCACCGCGGGGGGUUCUCCCACCAGCCGGGGGCCAGAAAUUGGGCCUCGGGGGCCCGGAGUAUGGACGCACUCCACCACACUCCACCCCAGCCACGGAGAGAGGCUCCUCCGUAUCGUCCUCCUCCAAUGGAAGGAGCCAUGGGCAGCCGCAGUCAGGAAGCCAUUCACCACUACCCCUCCAACUCUCCCCCCGUCCCCUCUCAUCAUCACUAUGACGACUCGGCCGGGAGCGACGUCAAUAACGCCUCAUACCACAGACCUCGUCUCGGUAGCCACGGCAACAGCUCCACCGUGAAAAAUUCGGCCGUCUCGUCCCAGUUCCAUUCCAGCAAGUCACACAGUCCGAGUCACGUCGCACCGGGGUCACAUUCCCAUCCCGUAAUGACUAGUCCGUUGCACGCUGCCUCCUCGCAGUACUCGGGGUCUCAUUCCCGUUCUGCCGUCCCCCUCUCUUCCCGAACCCCUCCCGUCAGAAGGGCUAAUUACGACCAAUCGGAUGGACACUCCUCACGUCAUGCCUUCAGUGCACAUAAUACCCCUCACCACCACUCAUCAUCUGACCACACCUCUUCCCCUGCCCGUCCCAACACCGGACCUCAGUCUCGGGAACCAAACCUCAACGACGUGGUCGACUUUCUCAGCUCAGGGGACACAGGUCUGGUAGCUAACGCAGCCAGCUACCUGCAGCAUCUUGCCUAUGGCGAUGACUCCAUGAAGGCUAAAAUCAGACAAUAUGGGGCACUCCCUGCCCUGAUUGGUCAGCUACGCAACGAGGACGCAAAGGUCGUCGUGCCGAUCCUGGGAGCAUUGCGCAACCUGUCGUUUGGCCGGAUCAACGACGAGAACAAGCUGAUGAUAGUGAGAGAGCGGGGGCUAGAGGAGCUCAUGAGGGCCCUCAAAACUUCACGAGUCAUGGAGGUUCGAGAGAUGAUAACCAGUGUUCUGUGGAACAUUUCUUCGUGUGAUGAUGUGAAGAUGAGCAUAGUUCAUGCCUGCGUCCAAGACCUGGUUGACUUCUCCCUCAUUCCAUACUCGGGAUGGAAUUGGGACACGGCCAGAGAUCCCAUCGGGAAACCGGCCAUUGCCAAGUGGAACGUGGAGCUGAGAAAUAUUGCAGGUGAGUGUGUGUGUGUGUGUGUG